CUUUACGUAUCGUAAAUUAACACGUUACAGAGCUACGAGUCCGCGCAUGCUCGGCGGAGACAGCGUGGGGUCGAUAGCGGAGCAGUGGCGGCAGUCCGCGCCGCGCCGGGCCCCCGCGAGCCCGCGCCGCGGCCAUGAGGUCGCGCGCCGUGCUCACCGUGCUCACCGCUUGCCUCGCAGCCACCACCAUCGGAAAUGCCGAGAAGAGUAAAUUCUAUUAUAUGGACUCGCUAUGCAAGGACCACUUCCUACAGCGACAGUAUCGCAAGCUGGAUGGCGGCGUGCUGUGGUCCCGCAACGAGCGGAACCUCGACUGUACCGUCACGUUCCAAACGCACAGCAUCUUGCAGCGUUUCAUGCUGCACUUUGACCUGCUGCAGCUUGACUGCAACGACCAUCUCUACGUCUAUGAUGGAGCCCAUGCUACCGCGCCUCCAAAGGCGGACUUGUCCUGCCGCAACACAAAGCAGCAGGUGGGCGCGCUAUUUACGCGCAGCAACUUCGUCACGCUCAAGUACGUGACCGACAACUGGGGCACCGACGCCAACGGCUUCAAGCUCGUCAUCACUGCCGUUAAGGACCCCAAACAUGGCUGCAAGGAGUUCAGGUGCAAACAACGCGAGUUCUGCGUCAGCGCGGACUUGACGUGCGACGGCGUGGAUCACUGCGCGGACGGGUCCGACGAGGACACCGCCGCGCUUUGUCCCGAGAGCGGUGGCGGCGCGCGGAGCGGUGCGUGGGCAGCGGUAGCGGCGGGCGGUGCAGCGUUGUUGGCGCUAGCGGCACUGUUGGCCCUCUGCUGCUUCUGCCGCCGACGCGCGCCUGCACCACUCACACACUUACAUUUACAACAAAUGGCCAGCAGCAACGGUGCGGGCGGCGGCAAAGGCGCGAGUGGCGCCACUGCCUCGCCCGCCACGAGGCUGCCGGGAAACUGGGCGCACCCUGCGGGCCCGCGCGGGUACAGGGCGGCGCGCCCGGGCCGCCUGCGGGCGCGGGCGCAGCGCUGAGCGGCGCCCCGCACAAAGACGAGUGGUUCGUCUGAGGCGGCCCGGUCGGGCCCGCAGGGCGGGGGCGCCGUACCGGCCCCCUACCGCUCCCAAAUUCCGCUCUCCGACCGCCAGAACUUACCUGAACUACGACCAGUGAUAGUAGGUGAGCGUGCGUGCGUCGGUCUGCGGAAAGGAACCUUCACAUAUCCGUUGAAAAUAAUAAUUAUAUUAAGUGUUCGUCGACCGGUUCUGCCGCGAGUGUUCCUUUGACUGUCGUAUUAGUUGUGACGUAAGCGAGUGGGAGUCGCGUUUCUGAUAUAAUAUAUUUUUUUGACUUGUGGUCGAACCUUGUAGAGAAAGUCGCUCUCGUAAUGGUUAAUCGAGACGCGAGGGAGUCGGAAGAUCUUCCUUGGUCGCGUCGUGACCGGGCGAAGUCUGACGCUCACUGAGUGUCGCCGCGCGAGUUACUCGCACAAUUCGUUUGCGCGCGUGACUCACUCUUCACGCCUCACCAUCGAUCGCGUAAGUUACUCACGCGUUUGACUCCAUCGGGUACAUAACGAUUGUAUCUCGCGGGAGACAACCGCGAGUUCAACUCAAAGACCUAUUACAUCAAAUAAGCUUUUCAGUGUACAAUAUUUAGACCGUCUUAAAGGCAGUUAGUGUUUGUGCGGCCGAAUACGGUCGCCGUGAAUUUAGAAUUUUCCGAAGUGUCUACUCUUAAUCAGAGAUUGUCUGAAUAUUGCCUGAUGUAAUAAGUCUCUGUCGCGAAUGAAGCGUGUCACUGCCAUAUCACUCAGUCGUAUUGCUCGCGCGAGUGGCUGCUCGCUGACUGGCGUGCGCUGCUCGCGCGAGUGACUUGCUCGUGCUCGCUGAACAUCCUUUAGCGACCCUCAAGUCGUGUUCGAGUGUACGCGUUUCGGUAGACCUAAGUGUAUUUAUGGGAGUGAUAGUUAACUGAAAUUCUAUCCGAUGAAAUUGUAUAAUCAUUAGUGAUGUAAUGUAUCCCAGUUUGUAAUGUUAUUUGUAUACGUUCAUUGGAUAGCGAGUAGUGUGUGUAGCUGAGCAUGCAGUAUCGAAUUCACUUCUCGAUUUCAUAACGAUUUAUGUUAAACUGUGUGUUUUAUUAAUAUUAUAUUUAUUCACUUCCAAAUUUAUCAUAGAAUAAGCAUAUUUUAUGUAUGUAAAACUUAAGUGAAAUUUAAAAUACUUAUAUGAUGUUCUUGACGCUGACUAAAGCGACGAGACGUUUGUUCAAACUUUUACGAGUAUUAUCGGACCAUAUGAAUCAUAGAUAUUAUAAAGAAGCCAUAGAUGUAUUUCGAUUUCGUUGUAAUUAAGUUAACGCAAUAAAGUUAUUAUAGAAUUAUACAGUGUGAACUAAUAUUUUAUUGAAGGAUGACAUCGUGCAAAUGAUUUUUUAUACGAAUUCGACGAAGGUAGAACGUAAAAUGUAGUAUAUUCAGAAUACACGAUAUUCCCGAUCGAUCAUCGCGCAGGCGUCCCCCACUACAUCUGCGUCGGUUGCGCCUGCGGACGAGUGGGUCGUGACGUCACGCGCCCGCACGUGCUCUCUCGCGCGGCCGGGCACUUCGCGGCGCGGUCCGACCGCAGCCAUGGUCCAUUCUGAUGAUGAAAAAAACUAGAUAUAAUCGCUUCAAAGACUCUUAACAUAAAACAAUAAUAAACAAACUUCCAUUUAACACGCUUAGGUAUUCAACUAUGAGGUAAUACGAUAACUUUAAACAUUUGAUGUUACACGUCGCUCUGUUUACAGGAGAUUUUGUGAACUUUUUACCGUAUAACUGGACUCGUGCAUUAAGCUUAUAUACAGAACAUCCACGUCUUAUACAUAAUAUUGAUAAUGUGUAAUAAUAUAUACAUAAUUUUAAUAUGACUAGAAUGCAGUUUGUAUGUACUAUAUAUGUAAGGAAUGGGCAGGGCGUCGCACCGCGCCGAUCGCCGGUCUGAAGUCUAUCCGAACGUAUCUAUGUAAUAUUCUAAUUUUAGCGAUGAUUUUUUUAGGUGAAUUUUUACUCGUUUAGUGGACGGCGCACCGUAUCGUGGGUGUCCAGUUUUUGGUGUUACGAUAAACGCAAUGUAAAUUUAUCGAUAUGACAUUAAACAUUUUUGGCUUAUUGUUCGUA